CAUGACAUAUUGACGGUUUAGGGUUUACAGAAAUACCGAACGCCAUUCAAAAAUUUACCCAAAAAGUCCAAUUAAUCUCCUUAACUAACUAAAAUUAUUUAUAUUUUUAAAUUGAGCCUCUUUGGCUGUCUUACAGCUGCUUUUAAGGACUAAAUGCUUUUUGAAAUAAUCCUUUAACUGCAGGAUGAAUACCUCGACGCCAGUGCCACAAACUCAGUGCUUGGUCCAGAAUAUCAAGUUCUCUGGUCCCGAGAGUGAAUAUGUCACAGAACUAAAGGGACAAGUGGUGAACCUACAAUGCAAUGAUGGCAACCAUAACCACGGAAGCUCUAAAGUGAAGCUCACUGAUCGCAUUGACUAUAAUUGGGAGUUUAAAUAUUAUCAUGGGCGGCUAGUGGCUGCCCACAUUAGUGGAAACAUUAUUGCUUAUGCCAUGAAGGGCAAAGAUGGCGGAAUGAUCCGGGUAGUUCAAGAGAAAAACCAUAGAAGAGCCCUCAUCAAAAAUCUAAAAGAAGACAUUAAGGAUCUAUCAUUUGCAUACUCCCCUAAGGAGGUAAUUUUGGGAUGUGUUGAUUGUGAGGGCAACAUUUUUGUUUAUAGCAUUGAAGAUGGUGCAGACUGCUUAAAAUACACCAUCUUACUUCAUAUAGCGUACACAGAGCCUAUAAGGCCAAAAACUAAUUUUAGACUUGCUUGGUGCCCCUAUGUGCCAAGUACAGAGGAAGAUGCUCAAUUAAGUGACGAAUCAGAAAAGAUGUUUGUAGUUUUAAAUGGAACAAAAGCCAAAAUUUACAGUGUAGCAAUCCUUAAUACGGAAUAUGUUAACAAAGGUCCUUUAAACCUUAAUAAUUCAUGCGAAGGCUAUUCAGAAAUCAUUCAUAGUUCAGAUCUUGUGGAUGCAUCGUUUUCUAGUGAUGGAUGUGCCAUUGCUUUAGCCUGUCAGGAUGGAUAUGUUAAAUUUUUCCAGCUUUUUAUGUUUGAACCUGAAUUACAAAAGUGUCUCCACAAAUGGAUUCCGCAUGAAGGCAAAGCGUUAAGUUCUGUGAUUUUCGUCGACAAUAUCUUAGAAUACACCAUAAACUGUUGGAAAUUCGCCUUAACCGGAGCGGAAAACAACACCGAAUUAAAACUAUGGUCCUGCGAGGCAUGGACUUGCCUACAAACCAUCAACUUCCUCCCGAGCCCUAAAAGUAUCGUGCCCGAUUUAUUUUUAAAUGUAGCGGCCGACUAUAGCGGCAAAUACGUUGUCGUUUCUGACAUCAAUAACCGGGCCAUUUAUGUGAUGGAAUUACAAAAAAAUGAAGAGAAGCAAGUCGCUUAUGCUGGCACGAUGGCUCACUUUUUACUGCCAGCACCGUUUUUAAGUUUUCACAUCUUGGAAGCGGGAGUGAAAAGUAUCCCUUAUAGCAUUUACGCUGCCGAAGAUCCAUUUGAAGAAGAUAAUGACGAGGAUUACGAGGACGAGUCCGAGGCUUGCGUGAGCGUUAGAUAUUUAAAAAUGCUCGUGAUCCAACCGAAGAAGUUCCAAGAAUGCGACAUUAUGUUCCAGAUGGACGCUUUGAUGUAUAAAGAUGUGGUAGUCACUGAAAAUGUUGUUGAGGAGCUGAUCGAUUUAAAGAAUGAGGAUAAUGAGAAGCAGGAUAAUGUCGUUGAAAAGAUACCAGAACUUGAUGAUCUACAAAAUUCCGUAACGUUGCUGAUACAGCAACAACAGCACAGCAAUUCCAAAAUGACUCUGAUGACCCCGGACGAUUUUUCACCGGGGAAAACUUCUAAGGCAAACAGUGUUAGAAAUUCGAUAACCCAAGACAAUUCCUUGGGAAAUUCCUGCGAUAAAUUAAACGACGCGAUCGAGCAAAAAGAGAAUUACGCGAGCGCCGGUUCUAGUCCGAGCAGGGAGGUUCAGGAAAUUCUCUCGCUGACCAACUCCUCCUCCGGGGGCUUCCCCACACAGGAAUAUUACAAUAAUUUGGCCAACUUACAAGUCGAGGAAAAGGAUCCUCCGCCAAAGGACUCUGAAAUCGUUUAUCAAGAUACUGUAACGUGGCCAAAAAUACCCAUAAUGAAAGAGUCUGACGUUAUAAAGCAAAUGCAGGUGGAGAAUAGUAAUGAAAUCAACAAACAGGAUUUGGAAACGGUUUAUUUGCGGAUAAACAGUUUGGAAACUCUGGUGAAAGAACAGUCUGGGGUUAUGCAAUUGCUGCUAAGAGAUAUGAAAGCGGUAUUGCAAAACUUGGAGAUGGCUACGAAUAGGAGUAAUGACAAAACGGACACGGAAGAAUUAAGUAGAGAAUGGGAGGCCGCAAUGUCGAAGCAACACCUGCAAAUAGCCAAAAUGUUUGAAAAUCUGGUUCAGUUACAGAAAUCAAACGAUAAAGAUUUACAGGAGAAACUUCUCUCAACUGUAGGACAAAUCUCUUCCAAAACCAUCUCGGACAAGAUCCAAUUCGAAAUGAAACAUUCCGUUUUAAACAAUAUCCACCAAAUGAUGGACACCCUUAGACUGCAACUGGAAUCCCAAUUAAACCAUAGAUUUAAUAAUAUCGAGUGUAUGUUUAGAGACAAUUUGACCAAAAUGCUUAAUAGUAAAACGUUAAUAGAGGCUAUUAGUGUGUCGAUCGUUAACGCCGUAUCGCCAGCGUUAGACCGAUCAUAUAGGGAACAGAUUUUGCAAGUGUUAGUGCCUUCCUGUGAAAAAGUUUGCACUAAAAUGUUCGAACAAAUUAAGGACACUUUCACCAAGGGUACAAAAGAAUAUACCGCGUCCGUAGAAUCAUAUAUGGAAAGACAGAGAAGACUACAAGAUAGGGGGAAAGACUUGGUCGGUCAAAUGCAAAAUGUGGCGGAACAUUUGAAAACCAAUUCGGAUACUUUGUCCGAGAUACUUACUACCGAAAUAAAUAAACAUUUUAAUAAGGCGUUUAAGACAAUACAAGAGCAAGUAAGUCAGAACAUCAAAGACUUGGUGAGUCUGGAACUAAAGCGUAGCUUAAACUCCCAAGGGGAUGUCGUGGAGCAGGCCGUGAUGAACGCACUAAACAGGUCCAGGGCAGUGACUCCGGCCCCGUCACAUGCCGAUAAUCACAUGCAGACUCUGGCCCACAUACAACACACUUUAUCGAAACACGCGUACGACGAGGCUUUCCAAAUUGCACUGUCCGCAGAAAACUUGGGAGUGGUGAUAUUCGUGUGCGAAAAAGUGGACGUGAAUAGGGUUUUUGGGGAGCAGUGUCUGUUGUCUCAGAGCGUCUUGCUCGCACUUAUACAACAACUUAGCAUGGAGUUACAUAAGAACACCGAGACGAAGUUGUGUUUCAUCCGAGCAGCUUUCUUGGCACUAUCGCCUGACGUCUCCCAAACGAAACAGUUCAUCCCAAAAGUCCUAAGGGAUCUGUCGAAGCAACUUACCACUUUCAUGCAGAACAAUCCGCCCUUAAAACAGAUGACCGAAGCCCGACUGUUAAAAAUGGCCGUAGAGAACAUGCUGGCCCUGUUUGUGAUCGAAUGACCCUCAAGAAAGUAUUUAGUUAGGACCGAAUGGAUGUGAAACGACGAAUCGAGUGAAUGUGAUUUUUUGUUCGUUUUUUUUUUAUUGACUUUACAUGUUCCCAUCAGUUUUAUUUUUAAGUAAAUGUAUUUUUGUUGCAAUUAAAAAGUGAUCUGCUGUUAGAAUAAGAUUUAAUUUUUGAACAAUGUUUCUGUUGAGACUGGUAAAUAAAUGCCCCUAAGUUUU